AUGCUGUCUUACUUCCUGCGGCUGAUCCAGGUCCUCCUUCAAGUUCUCCUCUUCCGACCUCCCGUUCCGACCUCCCAGCAAGUUACCUCAAAGGCUCUCAAGGCCUACCGCACGCUUAUUCUGCAAGGCGGCAGCGCAACACCUGAUAUUCCAUCCGAGCUCUCCUUCGAUCACGUUCUGUCUGCCCAAGCUGGUCAUCCCAUCUCUCGCAGCGACUUCCUUAUGUACCUCACAAAUGAGACGUAUACCCAAGAAAACUUCCAGUUUCUCCUUUUCGUUCUCAGCUACACGCAACUCUACACUACCUUGGCCGCUCAAGGAGCUAUCCGACUUUCCCCAGGCUUUACGGAGCAUGACGAGAAGGAUGCGAGACGAGCCGUCAUGACAGCUAGAAGGGCCUCCCGCACGACCUCCGUCAUCUCCACCUCGCCUCCUCCAACCUCCCAUAGCAACUACACCGAGUUUGGCGUUUUCACCGGAUGUUCCUCUAUUUCAUCGCGUACUCCACCAACAACAGCCGGCGGAGACCACGAGCCCUCGACCCCUUUCACAACCAAUGCUCAACUAUCAGACGAGAUUGAGAAGUGUCUAGCUACUUAUAUUCGUCCUCAUUCCCCCCGCGAGCUCAACCUGUCAGACCUAGACCGGGCACUCCUCCUUCAAUCCCUCCAGCAAAGCAACCACCCAGACGUCUUUCGUCUCAUCACAAAGCAGCUGGAACCACUGCUCCGCGCAUCUUAUCUCGACUUUGUCAGUCAUAUCGUCCGAUCCCCUGCCUGCCCGGCAAACUUGUUUGCCUCUCGUCUCAUCGGUCCUGUUCUUAUCGUCUCUUCUCUUCUGGCGACCACCUUCUUGACAAUCUCUAAGAUCAGAUGGGAACUUCGCUCUCUUCUAGUUCCAGUCUUAUUCUGUGGCGUUGCCACAAGUUUCUGUGUGGAGAGGAAAGCUUUGGUCUGGUGUGGUGAGGAGGUGGACGAGUUGUUGGAGGAAGGCGGAGUGGGUGGAAAAGGGAAGAGGAAGGUACGGGGUGUGGUGGUGGCUCAGGGUGUUUGGGCGGGUGUGCUUGCUGCUGGUGUGUUCUGUGUUUUGUUUUUGCUUGUGCCUUCGUGCAAUAAAUUCUAGGUUGUAGAUAGUUUGGACGGGAACAAUGCCUUAGCCCCCCUCAUAGAUUUGGUGGCAUGGCCUGGUGUGGC